UAUACAAAGUUUAAAAGUAUUUGAAAAUAUGUGCUGAAAUGGUUGAUAUAGAUAAUUUAUGGAUAGAAUUAUCAAGGAAUUUUCCUGUCUUGAGUGGAAGCGUUUGUUUCGUGGAGACGGACAGUGGAAACUUUCAGAAAUUGCGCGAAGAUGUGAUAAGACUGGGACUAAGCGAGAGUGUUUCUGAAAUAUUAUGGAGUGAAUUUCAAUCUGCCAUUCGAGAUAAGGUUGUUCCUUUGUUCUGGUCAAAUUUUCCAGUUCGAGUUGAUACUUCCAAAUGCGACUUCGAAUUGCGAUAUCAAUUAUUUCUUCGAUUUGCUGCUGCGGUGGAGAAUUUGUAUAAAACCUUCAAUUGUCUAAAGCUGCUAUUGAACCGAUUAAACAAACUGUCUCUUAUUCCAAAUAAAAAAUGGAAUUUAAAUUCUACAUUAUUGGAAGCAUUAUUGGGCCAGAUGCCAACAGGAUUUAAUGAGGCGGUACUAGCUUUUUAUUAUGUGGCAUUCCAGAUUCACUUGCAGUUGCAUUCCAAAAAUGCUAGAGUUCUUCUAGAUGCAGAUGUGAUUCUAAAAAAAGCAGAGUGCCAUGUUUGCAACAAAAAAAUAAAUUCUUGUGAAUGUCUGAGUUUGGAAAGUACGGUAAAUAAAGUAAAUACAGCUCUCCGAGAAAUGGAACUUCUAGAUGGUAUUGCAGGUCAGAGCUUAACAUCUCUUGUUCAGAAAUGUAUUCAAGAACAUAUUAAGGAAACUUGUCAUGGAAUAUUUGAUAGAAGCUUCCUGCGCCAACUGGAAAAUUGGCUGGAUGAAACUGUAAUCAGUUGGCUUAGGAAGGUUUUCAGUCCCACAUGCCUAAACACAUCGGUCAAUGACGCGGAGACAACUAAUAUUGUAAAAGGAUUCAAAGUGAAAUUAACAUAUUUUUUAUAUGAAAAUGUAGCACUUAGUAUUAUUGAGCAAUUUUUCAGUAUAAUUAUUGAUUUUCCUGAAUCUAUUCCUGCUAUAAAUGAUUUAAAAAUUUGUAUGGAAAAGAUAGAUAUGAGAAAACACUUUAUUCAAACUCUCUCAAAUACCCUUAAAAUUCGAGUUCUACAUCCGGGCGUAAAUACAAUGGAUAUUUUAACAGGCUAUAUUGCUGCUAUUAAAGCAAUUCGGUAUCUUGAUAAUAGUGGGAUUAUAUUGGAGACUGUAACGGCUCCAAUUAGAGAGUACCUUUGCAAACGGAGUGAUACAGUUCGUCGAGUAGUGACAGGUCUAACUGAAGAAGGUCCUACUGAUUUAACAGAGGAGCUUGCUAAAGGAGAAACUGUAAAAGACAAUGAUAAAAUUGAUGGCAAUGAAGAGUUAAAUAAUUGGGAAAAUUGGUUGCCAGACUCAUUUGGUAUUGAUCAAUCAGCGCGCGUGCAGCUUACAAAUAUUAACCGGUCAGCAGAUAUAAUUUCUAUGGUAGUCGAUAUAUACGGAAGUAAGGAAUUGUUUAUGAAUGAAUAUCGCAACUUAAUGGCAGAUCGUUUACUGACAUCUUUGGAUUUCAAUGCUGAUAAGGAAAUUCGAAACUUGGAAUUACUUAAGCUUAGAUUCGGUGAGUCUCUACUUCAUAGUUGUGAAGUUAUGCUGAAGGAUAUAACAGACUCAAAACGUAUUAACUCCCAUAUCGCUAGUGACUCCAAAUUCAACGAAAAUAAAAUGUUUGAUAUAUCAACAUUUAUAAUAUCUGCACAAUUUUGGCCGUCAUUCAAUAAGGAAAGCUUAGAACUACCUGAGGAAAUUGCCAAUGAAUUCGACAAAUAUACUAAAGCUUAUGAAGCAUAUAAAGGCAACAGGACAUUAAAUUGGCGACCAGUAACCGGCCGAGUUAGUAUAGUUAUUGAAAUAGGAGAACGAAUCAUUGAAAUGGCAGUAGCACCAACCCAGGCAAUCAUAUUGUAUCACUUUCAGAGCAAAGUGAAGUGCUUGAGGCGACCGUUGUUUCAACUUGAUGAAAAUGUUCUUUUUCUUCCGGAAUCCUACAACUCGUUAAAAGAUUCAACUAUUGAAACAAUAAAUAAUAAUUCAUUUCAUAUCGAAUUGAUUAAACCUGGUGAAAUUUUUUUUUACCAAAUGUAUCCGUGUAAUUUUUAUGAAAAGAUAUAUGUUCGGAAGAGGAGUUUAGACAAGCAUAUUAUUUACAAUGAAACAAUGAGUUUAAAAAAAAAACAAAUUUUUGUGAGCAAUGUAAAGUUCAAGUGAGAGAAAGUGUAUGGGCAGCACACUUGAGAACAAACAUACAUAAAAAAAUUGUAUGUAUAGUGUAAAUAGUAAUGUUAAAUGUAUUAAUGCUAUGUUUAAUAAUCGUAUUGAAACAUUCGCUUUGAAAAAGGAUCAGCCCAAUGAUUUAGUUGUUGAACAUUUUUUUGAAAAACAUCUAAAUGAAUUAUCUGAACUUUUACAGAAAUCUUUAGAAAAGCAUGAAAGCAUCAAAUUUAACUUUGAGUUAUUUUGUAAAUACAUUCAAAUAAAAGAAAAUAUUGAAGAAUUUGCUAUAUUGUCACACCAAACAUUAAUGACUGUAGCGUUUAUGGAGAACAGCAAUGUUGUUCAUAUAAUUAAAAGUUUAGUUGAUUGAAAAAAUGAAUACAUUUAAAGAGCGAGAUAGUGGUUGGAGUCUAAGUGAUAUUAUUCAUCUAGAAGUAAACAUGAAACCAAUUAGAGGCUCAUUAUAUACACCACUACCAAAAAUAAUUGCAGAUAAAAAAGCAUGUAUUAAUAUUGUUAAUAAUGAUUUAUAUCGCUUUAAGUGGGCCAUAAUUUCAUCUCUUUACCACCCCUCAAAAACAGAGAAAGAUGUUCUUCAUAUAACAUUAAAAAUAUCGAAAAUUCUAUAAUAACUUUAAAUAAUGGUAAAGUAGUAAAUUUUGAAAAUUUGAAUUUCCCAUUACAAAUAAAAGAUAUUGUAAUAUUUGAAUCAAAUAAUCCAAAUAUAAGUGUAAAUGUGUUUGGGAUAGAGGAGAAUUUGAUAGUAGGCCUCUUUUAUUUAACAAAAGAAGAAAAAUAGAAUCACGCUGAUCUCAUUUCUUUACACAGCGAUAUUUUCAAUGAGAGCCAUAAUGUUUGGAUAAAAAGUUUAAAUAAAUUACUCGGAUCUCUAGUUACAAGACAUGUGAAAAAAUAUAUUUUUGUAAUAUGUGUCUAAUACAUUUUUAUAAGGAAGAAGAGUUAUUCAUUCAUAAAAUGCGUAACCCUGAAAAAUGAAUAUUAAAAUUUGAAAAUUUUAAAAAACAAUUAAAUGUACCAUUUACUAUAUAUGCAGAUUUCGAAUGUAUUCUUAAGCCUAAAUAUAUACAAGAACACAUUCCUUAUGCCUAUUGUUAUUUUAUUAAGUGUUUAUAUAAUAAACAACUGAAACUAGUACAAGAUUGGGAAAAUACUAAUAUUGGGAGAAGCGGAAGGUAGAAUAAGGUGCUAGAGCCUUAAUAGCAAAACCAAAUUUCCAUAGUCUAACCAAACUUUCUGAUAACUUAAUAGCGAUUCAAAUGAAAUAAGUGUCAGUUCUGUACAAUAAGCCAAUAUAUAUUGGUUUUACCGUUUUACUUUCUAAAUUUAAGAAAAAUAAUAUUGCUUUGAAUUAUAUGGAUACUGAUUCAUUCAUAUAUGAUAUUCAAACUGACGACUUUUAUAAUGAUAUUCGUGUUGACAUUUCAUAUCCAAUAGAAAAUAUUUUUAACUUUCCUAGCUAACUGAGAGAAUUAAGGGUAUUAAAAAGUGUGUUAGAUACUUCUACAUUGAGUUUAAGUGGUUUCAGAAAAUGUCUGUUGGAAAAUAAAAUUUAUACUGCUUCUAUGUAUACAUUUAGAUCUAAAUUUCACACAAUAUAUACUCAAAAUAUUUAUAAAGUAGCUCUAAGCAAUCUAGAUGAUAAGCGAAUUGUACGAGAAAAUCAUAUGGAUACAUAUGCUUAUAGUCAUAGUAGUACUUAGUUUUUAUAAUAUAAAAAAAUAAAAAAUAAUUAAACAAUUUA